AAAAGCAGAUCUCAAAAAUAUGGUUUCAUAACUCUCGUUUUUUUCUUCAUCAAUUCCUCUUGCGCUGAAUUCCUAAUUCAACAGUCACUCAAGUCUUUCCCGAUCACGUUUAAUCCAAUCCUAUGAAUAGAGGAGGUUGUGGUGGUGGCCCUGGUAGAGGCGGUCGUGGUUUUGGUGGCCGCGGCCCAGGAGGUCCUGGUUUUGGUGGCCGCGGCCCAGGAGGUCCUGGUUUUGGUGGCCGCGGCCCAGGAGGUCCUGGUUUUGGUGGCCACGGCCCAGGAGGUCCUGGUGGUCCUGGUCCUGGUUAUGGUGGCGGCCCAAGAGGUCCUGGUCCUGGUUAUGGCGGAGGAGGAGGUCCUGGUCCUGGUUGUGGCUCAGGGACAGGCGGCGGAAAUCAGGGGCAAGGAGGUGGAAUUUGGAGAGAUGAGCGACCAUCGAAUAAGAUUGUGACAAUAACAAGUUUCUCCGUGAUUAAAGGGAGAGAAGAACCCUAUGAAUCCUCUGUCUUUGAGGCCGGUGGUUACAAAUGGAGAUUAGUUUUGUACGUGAAUGGUAAUCAAAACGAUGGUGGAAAUAAUCAUAUUUCACUUUACGUAAGGAUCGAAGAGACAGAAUCUCUUCCAAGAGGCUGGGAAGUCAAUGUUGAACUCAAACUCUUUGUCUACAAUGGGAAGCAACGCAAGUAUUUGACUGUUACAGAUGGAAUAGUGAAACGAUACAACGAUGCGAAAAAAGAGUGGGGAUACGGAAAAUUGAUUCCUCUUCCAACAUUCCUUGACACGAACCAAGGUUACCUUGAGCAGGACACUGCUUCUUUUGGUGCUGAGAUUUUCAUCGGUACACCGGUCCAGGUACAAGAGAAAAUCACAUUCAUAUCAAACCCUCCAAACAAUGUUUUCACUUGGAAGAUACUUCAUUUCUCUAUCUUGGAAGAUAGAGUCUAUUACUCUGAUGAUUUUCUGGUUGAAGACCGAUACUGGAGAUUAGGAUUUAACCCAAAAGGUACUGGAGAUGGAAGAUCACAAGCAAUCCCAAUCUUCCUAUAUGCUCAAGGUCAUAAGCCAAAUGCAGUUGUUACAAACACUUGGGGAGCGGUUAAUCUGCGGUUAAAGAAUCAACGAAACUCCAACCACGCACAAAUAUAUUCUGCAGCUUGGUACCCUACUCGAAGCGAUUAUGGUGUGGGAGUUAACACUAUCAUAUCGCUAGCAGAAUUAAAUGAUGCAUCGAAAGGGUAUUUGGUGAAUGAUGCCAUUAUCUUUGAAGCUGAAAUGGUGAAGGUCUCUGUGACCAACAUCGUCUCCGUUUAAAUAUUUCUACUUUUCUUUCCAUCAAUCAAACAUCCUUAUGACUAAAGAGGUGUUUGAUGAGUUUUAAUAAGAUGAACUUUAAAAUGCAUGUGAUGUAAUCGCUAUUUCUUGGUCGGUCUUUUUUUGUUCUCUUUUGUUAUCAAUAAAAUGAAACUCUCUUG